AUGGACACAGGCGGUGGUGAUAAAUCCAAUGCCGAUAAUGAUCUUUACUUACCGCAGACCGAUUCCUUUUGGGAAAUCGGCAAAUACAAUCGAGCGGUGAAACGUUGCGAUGAUGGAAAUAAACUAACCACUGACCUCAUCGGUAUGAUUAACGAGCGUGCUGAGCUGGAGAAAACCUUUUCGAAAAUGUUGAAAAGCUGGUCAAAGAAAUGGUCGGAUUAUGUAGCGAAAUCUCCUGAAUUCGGCUCAAUGGCAUCAGCUUGGAAAGCAAUCAUGGGCGAGGCUGAUGCAUCAGCUGAAGUUCAUCAAACAGUUAAUGAUGAACUGCAAAACGAUAUCAUUCCCACUAUAAAAUCAUGGCAGAAAACGAAAUACGUUAAGUCAAUGAUGCACAUCAAGCCUACCAAAGAUCUCGACGACGAGUUCAAACGAGCGCAAAAACCAUGGGCAAAAUUAUACGUUAAAGUGGAUAAAUAUAAACGUGAUUACCAUACAGCAACGAAGAAUCUGAAAAUGGCUGAAUCACAAGAAAAUAACUGUAAACUUGAUGGAUCUGUUCCCCAAGAUCAACGUGCUAAAUUCUCAGAAAAAGUCGAGCGAUGUCGUAAAGAAAAAGAAGUGGCCAAAGGUAAAUAUGCCGAAGCUUUACAAGAAAUUAAUCGAGCAAAUCCUAAAUAUAUGGACGAUAUGAAUGAAGUCUUUUCCCGGUGUCAAACCUUUGAAAAAGAUCGUCUUGUUAAAUUCCGCGAAUUCUUUGCUGCUACGGAAAAAUGUCUUGACCUCAGUCAUCGUUUACAAUCGUCGAACUUUCAACAAUUCUCUCAGACUAUUAAAAAUUGUGAUGCAGACAGAGAUCUUUCCUGGUGGUCGGACACGUACGGCGCUGGCAUGAAAAUGAAUUGGCCAACUUUUGAGGAACCAACAAAUCUAGAUCAUCAUCAACAACAAAGCCAUUUCUCUUAUUGUGCUAACGAUUUAUCGUUGGGUUAUGAUACAUAUCAUCGUCGACAAUUAGCACAUUUUGUUAGUCAAACAAGUGCGGCAGUUGCGUAUGAUACACGAAUAUUGGUGGUCGAUUCCUAUGCAACACUUCGUCGAUCGAUGCGACGAACUGCUGCUGUCGUGACACGCGUUCGCCGAGAUCUCAUCAAGCGUGAAGAAUACACGGAUGCACAACGCACACUAUCCCGCCGUGCUAAAGGUGAACAAGAAAAAGAAAAUCCUGUUGUUGUUACAGCUAUUCGAUCAAAUCACAACAGUCAAGCAAACAUGGCACCUGUUGAUAAUCGGUUAUCAACAAAUAAUGCGGCAUUCAAUGAAGAGACUGAUUCAACACCAGCUUCGCCCUACAUGGGAUAUCAUCAACCAGCAUCGGCUCCCGCAGAUGCGUCACCCGGUUGGGCAACUAACUCUUGGGCGAAUGAUUACUCAGCAAUGACAAACAAUAGUGGAAAUUCGUCCUUACCUAGUUAUCAAAACAAUAAUGCCCCACCGUAUCAAACUCAAUCGUCGUAUCCACCUCCGGCAAAUCCAUUCUAUGAUGAUGAUGAUGUAAAUAAUGGCGAUUCAUCAUCGUUGCAUCAGAUGCCACAUCAAUCGCCCACAUCACCAGGUGUUUCAUCAUUCGAUACAAGUGGAGGUGUACCUGUUCGAGCUUUGUAUGAUUAUGAAGCUCAAGAAAAUGAUGAAUUAUCAUUUAAACAAGGUGAUAUUUUUACCAAAGUAGAAGAUGAAGACGAUCAAGGCUGGUGUAAGGGUCGUGUGGGCAGUCGAGUAGGACUCUAUCCAGCAACAUACGUUGAAGCUCUGUAA